ACCACCAGAAAGAAAAAAAAACCCACUUUCAUCUCGCUGUUCUUCUUCUUCCAAAAACCCUUUUCAUUUCUUUUCUUUUUUUUCUUUUUUGUUUUUUUUUCUUCAGCUUUUUAAACCAUGAAUUUGGUUUCAAAUGUGGUAAGUAAGGUGAAUGCUUCAGUCACCACAGCUGCUCAACACCUUGAAGGUGAAUUGAGCCUCUUUACCUUGUCUGAUCACAAAAUCUUGGAGUCUAUCUAUGCAACCCAUGUCCAUGCAGAUAAUACCUUUGAUGUCGAUUCUCUCUUCUUGAUCGUCGAAAGCAUCAUCAAACGCUCAACCCAGAUCGUUGAUAACAUUGUCCAGGGGACCCUAGUUCAUGUGGAAACCAUAGACGAAAAGCCGCCAAAAACCAGCUUCAGCUCCCCACUAUGCACUCUCAAAUCAAUUGGCUGCGAGCUCUCCUGCAAACCUCCUGGUGAAGAAAUAGCCCACAAUUCAACCUUAGCCAUUCUCAACAAGCUCUCAAGCUACUCAUGGGACGCAAAGGCAGUUCUCACUCUCGCAGCUUUCACUAUGGAAUACGGAGAAUUCUGGCACCUUGCUCAGCUUCAACAAUCAGACCACCUUGCCAAAUCUUUGGCCAUUUUGAAAAGGGUACCUUUUAUUCUCAAGCCUGCUGAUUUGCAAAAAAGAAGGCAAGCUAUUGUUGAGCUUAAUGGGCUAAUCAAAGCCACUCUGCAAGUGAUCGAGAUCAUCUUCGAGCUCGAGAAACUCUCUACCUAUGAUCAAAAAGAUGUUCCUGGUUUGGCUGUUGCUAUGGAUCAUAUCCCAGUUGAUGUUUUCUGGGCUAUCAUUACCACUGUGGCUUGUGCUACUAAGAUCACUAUUCUCACUAGUGAAGAGGACAAGCCUCAUGAUUUAUCCCCCUAUGCACAGAAAAUCCAUUACAUCCUUAACAAGCUUAAGAUACAGCUUAUUAUUUGCAAGAAACAAAUUGAGGAGGCAGAGAUUUAUAAGAGACUUAGGAAACUUUUCCAUACCCCUACUGAAAUUAUGGAAGUUUUCAAAGCCCUGAUUUUUUACAAGGAUAAUGUGCAGCCUAUCAUUGAUGGUUCCAAUAACAAGACGGUUACUAUAGAUGUCCUGAGGAGGAAAUAUGUGUUGCUUUUCAUUUCGAGCCUUGAAAUCACUGAUGAGGAUAUUAAUAUUCUCAAACCAAUUUAUGAAGCAACCAAGAAAGAUAACCAAUACACCAUUGUUUGGAUCCCCAUUGUUGAGCAGUGGACCGAUGAACUCAAAAAGAAGUUCGAAACCAUUCGGGUUAAGAUGCCAUGGUAUGUUGUUCAAUACUUCUCUCCAAUUGCAGGAAUCAGAUUCAUCAAAGAAGAGUGGAACUUUAAAGGCAAGCCUGCAGUGGUGGUAAUGAAUCCACAAGGAAAGGUUGAAAAUCCAAAUGCUUUACACGUAAUUCGUCUAUAUGGAAUGAAAGCCUUUCCAUUCAAUAAGAACAAAAUCGAAAUUGUUACGAACGACAAAAAUUGGAUCGGCUCGGUUGUCAUCAAUGUUGAUCCUGCUAUUACAACUUGGAUCAAAGAAGAUAAGUACAUUUUCUUCUACGGAGGGAAAGACAAUGAUUGGAUCCAACAGUUCACAAAGAGAGCACAAAUCCUUGUUAAUGACCCAAUUUUUAAGGAAGCAAAGAUCAAUAUUGAGUUAUAUAGUGUUGGAAAGAGCAGCAAAGGAGGUGAAGAUUUGGGUAUUAUAGGGAGGUUUUGGACAGGCAUUGAGAGCUUGUUCUUCACCAAGGUUCAUCAUCAGCAGGCUGACCCUGUAACACAGGAGGUUCAGAAGCUUCUUUCCUAUAAGAACGAGAGCGGUUGGGCCUUGCUAAGCAAAGGGUCUACAGUGGUGGUUUCUGGUCAUGGAUUCACAAUCUUGAGGGUUGUGGAUGAGUUUGAGAAAUGGAAGGACCAGAUCAAAGAGAAGGGGUUCGAGAUUGCUUUCAAAGAGUACCAUAACAAGAUCCUUGCUGUUGUUCGCCAAUGCAGCCGGCUUGAUAUCCCAAGCGAAGCCGGAAAGGUUCCAGAGACAAUGCCAUGCCCUGAAUGUCCUCGUAUUAUGGAGACUUUCAUCAGCUACAAGUGUUGCCACGUUGAUGGUCCUCUCAAAGCACACCAUUGAUAAUAUGGAUAUGUUUUUGGAGGAAAUUAUGGCUCUCUCUCUCUUCUAGUUGAUCACGGCUAAUUAAGUAUGGCAUUUGAUAAUGUAUGCCACUAGUAAGAGCUAAAGUGGUGAUUGGGAUGGUGGUUGUGUUUGUGUUGUGUAGUAAUAUCAUGUUGUAUGUUUGGCUAGAAUAAGUUCGCAAUCUUCCACUACGUUGGCAAUGGGAGAUUGUGAAUAAAUUAUUGUGUGCGUGUGCAAGUGUGUGUUACUAUGUUAUCUUUGGGAACACUAUGUCAAUAUCUUCUACCUACUUUUUAUAAAAACUUUGCUAGUGGUUUUUCUCCACUGGCAGGCUUGAAUUUCUCUCA